GGAAGAAACCAUUAUUCGUGUAGUUCUAUAGUUAUCGAUCCUUAAAUUCUAUAGUAGUGAGAAAAAAACAUGGCAUCAAUCAUCAAGGUGUUAUCAUUUUUUCUAGUCGUUGCAUUCCUAGUAGAAGGAGGUACGGCCUAUAACUGUAAGACAUCAGAUAUAAUACUCAGACAAAAUCCUACUGGAAGAUCAGGACCAAAAGGUGCAGAAUACAGUGUUGAGGUAGUCAAUAAUUGUGCUUGUUCUCAGUUUAACUUGAUUGUUGCAUGUCAUGGAUUCAACUCUAACACACAUGUUGAUCAAAGAUGGCUUAAACCAGUCGGAGGUGGAAAUUGUAUAGUAAACAGCGGAUAUGCUAUUAUUAGGGGAUUCAAUAUUGGUUUCUUCUACGUUGGUCCAACUAAGUUUUCCUUAACUCCCAAGAAGUCUGACGUUAGAUGUCCUUGAAUAAAAUUUCCUUGUUAAAUUUUGAUUUUUCACAUGUAUUUCGUGAUCGUAUUUUUACAAUCAUAUAAUAAAGAGAUAUAAUCAUAAA